AUGCCGUUGGAUCUGUCUCUCUAUCUGGUCACAGACUCGACCGCGGCGAUCCUCAAGGGACGGGAUCUGUGCACGGUCGUGGAGGAGGCUCUCAAAGGAGGCGUGACGGUGGUCCAGUACCGAGACAAAAUCAGCGACACGGGAGUGCAGGUCGAAACCGCCAGAAAGCUCCAUUCCAUCACCCAGAAGUAUGGGGUGCCUCUUCUGAUCAAUGACCGGGUCGAUGUGGCGGUGGCAAUUGGCGCCGAGGGCGUUCAUCUCGGUCAGGAUGAUAUGAAUUUCGAGGACGCAAAGAAACUUCUUCCUCCGAAUGCGAUCAUUGGAAUUAGUACGUCGUCCAUCGAGGAGGCCAAGAAGGCUGUCGCCGAUGGUGCCGAUUAUCUCGGGGUUGGGACCAUGUUCGCAACGCCAACUAAAACGAACACUAAGUCUGUGAUCGGAACUGCAGGAACACAGGCAAUUCUGAAUGCCAUCAGCGACUCGCCCUCGGUGGGCACCGUCUCCAUCGGCGGCAUCAACCAUUCCAACGUGCAGCGGGUAAUGUAUCAAUCGCACUCGCCCAAGAAGGGCCUUGAUGGUGUCGCCAUCGUCAGUGCUAUCAUGGCAGCCGACGACCCCAAGGCCGCGGCCGAGCAGUUCGCCAAGCUGAUCAAAACUCCCGCCCCGUUUGCACUGGCCCCAAAUGCCCCGCGUGCAAAUGAGGCAGAGGCGUUGCUGAAGGAGGUACCGCAUAUCGUUCAAAAAAUGGUGGAAGUGCACCCGCUCGUUCACAGCAUGAUCAACUUCGUAGUGGCCAAUUUCGUGGCAAACGUUGCUCUCUCCAUCGGCGCAUCUCCAAUUAUGGCACCAUAUGGCGACGAAGCCACGGAUCUAUGCCAGUUCGAUGGCGCACUUCUCAUCAAUAUGGGAACGCUGACAAACGAGAGCGUCUCCAAUUAUCUAAAGGCAAUCAGGGCAUACAACCAACGAGGCAACCCGGUGAUCUAUGAUCCAGUCGGUGCAGCAGCGACUCAUAUUCGGCGCAAAGCCGUAGUCGACUUGAUGCGGGGUGGCUACUUCGAUUUGAUCAAGGGUAAUGAGGGCGAAAUUCGACAAAUCUGGGGAAGCAGUGCGGUCCAACAGCGUGGUGUGGACAGUGGGCCGAGCACCCUUGACAACCAGCAAAAAGCGAUGCUGGCUCGGGAUCUGGCUCGGCGGGAGCGUAAUGUCGUUCUUAUUACUGGAGCCACUGACUAUCUGAGCGAUGGGGAGAGGGUGAUCGCCGUGGAGAAUGGCCACCCGCUCCUAGGCCAAGUGACCGGCACCGGAUGUGCCAUCGGUACCAUCUCCGGCUGUUUCCUGACAUCCCACCGGUCCGACAAGCUCCUCGCCGUGUUAUCAGGUAUUCUUAUGUACGAGAUUGCAGCUGAGAACGCCGCUUCUAAGGAGUACGUUCGAGGACCAGGCAGUUUUGUGCCGGCUUUCCUUGACGAGCUGCAUGCUCUCCGCACUGCAGCUGCCAAGGGAGAUGAUAGCUGGUUUGUAGGCCGGGCAAAGGUGCGUGAGGUGAAGGUUUAG